AUGUCUAUCCUUUCACGCGCCUCCGACCGUCGCCCAGACCUCUCCUUGGUCAGCGAGGAGGACUUUCCCUACGAACAAGACAUCGUCCGUAACCCCGGUACCGCGAAGCCAUGGCUUGCCUAUAUCGAGUACAAGCUUCAGCAUGGGACGGUCCAGGAGCAGGCCUAUAUCAUGGAGCGCGCCUGUAUGCAGCUUCCUCGAUCCUAUAAGCUUUGGAAGAUGUAUCUCCGGUUUAGGACGAAACACGUUUCGAAGCUCAAUGCCGCCAUCUUUGCCUCCGAGUACCAAAAGGUCAACAGCCUCUUCGAGAGGGCACUGAUCCUCCUCAACAAGAUGCCUAGGAUAUGGGAGAUGUAUCUCAAGUUUCUGAUGCAGCAGCCGCUCGUGACACACACACGACGCACCUUCGAUCGGGCCCUCCGCGCUCUCCCCAUUACGCAACACAACAGGAUAUGGGCUCUGUACCGACCCUUCGCGAACUCGGCCGAAGGCGAGACGGCUGUCAAGAUCUGGCGCAGGUACAUGCAGGUUCACCCGGAGGAUGCGGAGGACUUUAUCGAAUUGUUGGUCACGGUGGGACUAUACACGGAAGCCGUUCACAAGUACAUCGAGAUCCUCAACAACCCGAGAUUCACGAGCAAGAACAGCAAGGGACACUAUGAAUUGUGGAGCGAGAUGGUGGAUUUGCUGGUCGAGCAUGCGACGGAAGUGCAGACGGGACAUGAGACGGGAAUCGACGUCGAACGGAUCAUCCGCAGUGGCAUCGAACGAUUUGCCGACCAGAGGGGUAAGCUGUGGUGCGGCUUGGCGACCUACUGGAUCCGACGAGGCAGCUUCGAGCGCGCGCGAGACGUUUUUGAGGAGGGCAUUACGACCGUCAUGACCGUUCGGGACUUCACCCUCGUUUUCGAUUCCUACACGGAGUUUGAGGAGUCCAUCAUUAGCGCUCUGAUGGAGAUGGCAUCGACCCGGGCUGAGAAGGGAGAGGUGGACGAGGUGGCUGAUUUCGAUUUGGAUAUCCGAAUGAUGCGGUUCGAACAUUUGAUGGACCGCCGACCUUUCCUCUUGAACGAUGUUCUCCUGAGGCAGAACCCCAACAACGUCACAGAAUGGGAGAAGCGUGUGGCCCUGUGGGGCGACAACAAGGAGGAGGUUGUCAAAACUUACCUUGAUGCUAUUGAAGCCAUUCAACCGAAGAAGGCAGUGGGCGCGCUUCACCAGCUGUGGGCUAAUUACGCCAAAUUUUACGAGGCCGGAGGGGACCUUUCAAAUGCCCGAAGAAUCAUGGAGAAGGCCGUCAAGGUCAACUACAAGUCCGUGGCAGAGCUAGCAGACAUGUGGAUCGAGUGGGCAGAGAUGGAGCUUCGGAAUGAGUGCUUCGACGAGGCCAUGAGGGUCAUGGCAAAGGCAGUGCAGGCGCCCAAGAGGUCUACGGUGGACUACUUCGACGAAACGCUAUCACCACAACAAAGAGUUCACAAGAGCUGGAAGCUGUGGAGUUUCUACGUCGACCUUGUGGAAAGCGUCAGCUCGCUAGACGAGACCCGCAAGGUGUACGAGCGGAUAUUCGAGCUUCGCAUCGCCACUCCCCAGACAGUAGUCAACUACGCCAACCUCCUGGAGGAGCACAAGUACUUCGAAGAGUCAUUCAAGAUCUACGAGCGUGGCCUCGAUCUCUUCAGCUACCCCGUCGCCUUCGAGCUCUGGAACCUGUACCUUACCAAGGCCGUCGACCGCAAGAUCAGCAUCGAGCGCCUCCGCGAUCUCUUCGAGCAAGCCGUCGAGGACUGCCCGCCCAAGUUCGCCAAGGUGAUCUACCUCAUGUACGGCAACCUCGAAGAGGAGCGCGGCCUCGCCCGCCACGCCAUGCGCAUCUACGAGCGGGCCACGCGCGCCGUCGCCGACGAGGACCGCGCCGACAUGUUCAACUUCUACAUCACCAAGUCGGCCUCCAACUUCGGCCUGCCCUCGACGCGGCCCAUCUACGAGCGCGCCAUCGCCGCCCUGCCCGACGCCGAGGCCCGCGACAUGUGCCUCAAGUUCGCCGACAUGGAGAAGCGGCUGGGCGAGAUCGACCGCGCCCGCGCCAUCUACGGCCACGCCUCGCAGUUCUGCGACCCGCGCACCAACCCCGGCUUCUGGGAAAAGUGGGACCAGUUCGAGGUUGCGCACGGCAACGAGGAUACCUACAAGGAGAUGCUCCGUAUCAAGAGAAGCGUGCAGGCGCAGUACAACACGGACGUCAACUUUAUUGCCUCCCAAGCGCUGGCUAGGAGUCAGCAGAAGCGGAUGGACGAGGAGGCAGCAGGAAACGGUGGAGAAAUGGACACCGAGGUUGCGGACGCAAUGGCGGCGCUGGAGAGACAGGCGCGCGCCCCCGUGGGCUUCGUAGCGGCUUCGGAAGGACCCAAGGGCGGUAGCAUGCCGGUUCAGCUUGUUCAGGUUCAUAACCCGGAUGCUAUCGAUCUUGAUGAAAUGGAUGAAUGA